AUGUUGUGUGGGCUGGUGGGAGGGUACAAUUCCUUUUUUUGUUUUCUUUUUUUUUGUGCAGGGAAUAUGCAUACGCCCCCGAUCUUCUUGUGCUGCAUGGCACAUGGAAUUCCUGCCGAAUCAAUUUUUUUUUUGUGUUUUCAUUUUUUUUUUUUUACUCCCCAUCCCCUCUUUUUUGCUUUUGGGGCAACCACUAAGGAAGUGAUUUUUUUCUUUUCUACUCUUCCCUCUUUAAUUGUUUGUUGCUGCACUCUUCCUGCGAGGGGUGCCGUGUGUUUCCCGCCCAACUGCUCCACUCGCACACCCACCGACACGCUCACGACGACGGCCCUGUGCGCCUCGCCUGCUGCACGCAUGAGGAGGGGCCGCGACGAACGGCGCGCUGAGGGAGCCGUGACGUGUGGGCGUGCGACGAGGGCCUGUGGGGCGGCGCACACAUUUCUUCCCUCUUGUUUUGUUUUCUUUGCGGCCAGGGCUGGCAGACACCCGCAGCGCCACACACACAGCCACACCCUGCCGCCGUGUUUUUUCUUUUUUUUUUUUUUCUUUUUUUUUUUGCUGCGCUCACUCUCCCGAUGGAGUGACGCGACUCCCGUCAUGUCUGCGUGCUUCUCUCAGUCCCCACACACACGAGUGACUGUGCUCUGCGGGCCGCACUCACGCACCAAUAAAAGGACUGAGGGCAGCAGCAACACGCAGAUGACCCAUGAAAUAUAA